AUGUCUAUUCCAGACAACUACUAUAUAACCGUGGAACCAUACUUGGGACACGGAAACAAGACAGGAGACAAACAAUACUUGGCACAUAUCCUGGAAUCCUGGAGCACCGACAUCGACCCCGACAAUGAUAUCGGUUGGGCCCUACACUGGGCUAUCUUUCAAGCAGACGAUGCCGCUGUCCAGAUGAUGAUAGAUGCUGGCGUAGACCCCAAUACGCGAGACAAACAGGAUCCCGGCUUCACACCACUCCUGGCCGCCUCGCAGCAUGGCAGACUCGAGAUGGCUCGUCUAUUCUGGGAACGAGUCGGCCCUGACGGGCGCUUCAUUCCCAGAAAGAGAGGCCAACCUGGACCCGACUGUUUACAAGUCGCUGCCAGGAACAACCACGCAGAUCUUACUGCCUACUUCCUCGGCGCCUGGGACGGUUGGGACGACCAAGAGAUGCGCAGGGCGCUGCUUGACGCGGCAUCAGCCUGGUGUGAUGAUACAGUGCCACUUCUUCUGGCUCAUCCCGGCGCCACAUACGGCCCCGAGGUUAUCCAAGAUGCUCUGGCAAGGGCGGUCGGCAAGAGGAUGAUUCUCCCCGAACGCGAAACAAAACCAGCACCAACCACUGCAGAUGCUACACGUCAGCAAAAGCUGGUCGGUCGCCUCAUCGACGCAGGCGGAGAUCCAGACGGCGAAGACCCCCGUUUCCAUCAACCACUUAUCCACGCCACAGUACAUUCACAUGAGUGUAUCGGCGGCCUCAGCGGCCUCCUGGAGAAGGGAGCGAACCCCAAUCGACCAGACGCUCGCGGAAGGACCGCUCUUCACUACGUGUUCAGUCCACUCAGUCGUCAGCUCCCCGACGCUACUGCUCUUCAGUUUCUUCUUAGGCACGGCGCGCUUCCUGAUCUCGGAGACGAAGCUGGGGAGACACCGCUCCACGCCGCCGCGAAGACGGGAACUUUCCCGCAGCUGGAAAUCUGUCUUUCGCACUGCCGCGCGCCGAAGUCGGAGAGCAUACAACUACGGAACGCUCACGGUGAAUCGUUAUUGCACUACGCCGCGUCAGGGGGGCAGAGAACCACAGUGGAAUUCUUGUUGAACUCCGGCCUGGACGCCAACGUGGCCAGCAGCAACGGAUGGACGCCUCUCCUGUGCGCCCUGUCUCCGACAGCGGGGAAGACCGCGCAUGAUAUGUGCUUUACGACCGACUUUCUACUCCAGAAUGGCGCCAGCGCUGGCGUCGUGACGGACGAGGGAUGGACCGCUCUUCAUGCCUUGGCAUCUUGGCCAGCAGUGCAAGAUCCAGAUCUCAGGGCAGAGGUAGCGAAGCUCGCAAAAAGACUCAUCGAGAGCGGCUCCCCCGUUGACGUCAAGUCGAGGGCCAUUCGGAGCCCUUAUACCACUUCUAACACUCUGCACGAUGUCUGGGGUUUCCGCAUGCGAGACUUUGUUCAGAGGGCUAUUCCAUCGGCACAGGACCUGGGCCAAGCAGAUAGCACUACGUCGCUGGCAUGGGCCAGGAGAUGCAAGUCGAUGGAUGUUGUAAACGUCUUGUCGGCGCACUUAGCCUCGGCUGGCGGUGAGAGUGCUUGA